UUUUUAGAUGUGUAAUUUUUGAUUGAUUAGAAAAUAUUACAUUGUAAUUAUUUAUAAGCUAAAAUAUUUAUUAUUAAUAGAAGACUUUUUAAUAUGGAUAGAUGUAUGUUUAGAAAUAACAUUCAUCGUUUAUCAGAGAUUUAAGAAGAAAGUCAGUUUACUCUACAAAACUCUUACGAGAAUACUUAAAAUAAUUUUCACAAUAUACACAGCAAAUUUAGGAUCAAAUCCAAUCAUAGAAAUAAGAGUAGCAGGAUAGUUUAAAAUUAGCAGAUAUAAGAAGAUGAUGACGAAAAAUUUAGAAUAUUAGAAAUUGGAUUACCUAAUUAAAAUGCAUUAAAAAGACCUAAUUUGAAAAGAAAUAAGUAGCAAACCUACGAUGAAGUUAAAAAUGCUAUCAUUAGAAACAUCUAUUGUUCUAAUAAAUCAGAAAAUUUCUUUAAGCAAUACAUUUAAGCUUAGUAGUAAUAGUAAAUGGGUAUAAACUAAAUAUAAAAUUAGGCUAAUAAUAAUGUGUAAAGCAAUUCUCCAGUUUAGAUUUAAAUAACAAAUCCAUAAGAGAGGUAGACUAGUCUUUCUUCUUAUUAAUACACUGCAUCUACUUCUGCUUCAACUACUUAAAAUUCGUAUAGCUCUAAAAAAUAAUAGAUGUUGCAAAACUAUUACACCCCUUCUUAUAACACUAUUUUAAACACUAAAAAUGGUUAUUCUGAUUGUCUGAAUAACUCUUCAUUUAAUAACAAUAAGGGUAACAUAUCUAACAACCGCAAUUCCCCUGGAUAAUCUUACCUAAAUUCUCAAAAAAUAAUUAAAUUAAUAUAAAAUGAUGGCUAAGAAAUUAGUGGAAUUCCAAAAAGAAUUGAAAGGAAAAUAAAAUACAUUGAGAAAUUCUCAAGCGCGACAGUUUAUAUGGGAAAGCAAGGAACAAAAUAAAAUAAUAUUGCUAAUUCUUAAUUCUCAACAAAGCAAAUAGGGUAUCUUCCUCCAGUUAAAAAUAUUGUAAAUAGAUCUAUUGACAAUUUAGAAAGCAUAAAAGGGAAUACAUAGCCAAACUUGAAUUAAUCUCUCCUUAAUAACAUUCAAAAUUAAUAAAUUAAUACUGAAAUUCCAAUAUAAAUAGAAUUGAAUAAGCAAAUAGACAGAUUUCCUAGUACUGGAAAAUCUAAAAAUGGUACAAAACUCGAUAAACCUUUGUUAGACUAUAAAGAAGAUGAACUUAAUGAGUUCUUGAGUAAAUCUUAGAAGAAAAAAUCAAUAUUUAAAAAGUAGUAGUAAUAGCUAGAAUAAUACAAUAUUUUACAAAGAUAGAUUUUAUAGCUUAGUCCUGUAGGGAAAGAAAAUAGAAGCUAAUACAUCAGUCCUAAAAAUAAGUGCCUGGUAAAUAUGAAUAAAACAUUAAGUAGUAAUAUGAAUCAAUUAGAUAAAUCUGCUUUCAAUAGAACUUCAACAAAUUUAGAUUAAAUUGAAAUAAAAAAUUCUAAAUUGAAUAAAGACUUGCAGUUGGAAAGAGAAAAUAAUUAGUAUAUAUGCUAGCCACCGCUUUCUAAACAAUAAUUUAUAUAGUUUUUACAAGAUAAGUAACAAAAAAUUGAUGAAAAAAUAAAUAGCUUGCAACACACUGAUGAGCAAAAAAUAAAAGAAUUAAAAUAUCUCCUUGAAAAACAAAAAGGAAAUCAACAACAAAGUUAAACUUCAUUAUCUUUUUACAAGUAGAAAGAGAAAAGAAGUGAAAUUCAGAGAACUCACUCCUCUAAUGAACAUCAUAAAAGAAGCAGAACAGAAAAUCUUAGUUUCAUAAACUAAAAAAAUGCAUAAAACUAAAGUUUUUCAUCUAAUGUUUCAUACAUCAAUAACACAUAAGCCUUUCCAUAAAUACAAAGUAACAACUCAAACUUGAGCGAUUUUAUAAAUAAAAACCUUACAGAUUUAUAAGAAAAAAAGUUAAUCAAUUCACCCGAAACAGAAAAUAUUCAAUGA